CGUAAAACUGUCAGUGUCAGAUGGGCAUUGGUUAACUGCCAUAUUGUUUAUUCAGCAUUUAAAUAUUUAAAGCUCUGUAUGGAAGGAGGGGGUAUAGUUAAUGAGCUUCCAUAAUAUGAUUUUCUCGAUAGGAUAUUAAUCCACUUCCACAGAUCCACUUCAUUUACGUGAAGGAGUUGCCCAAGUGCGAGUGUCUGGGGGUAUGUGGGCUGCGCUUUGAAGUUGUGGGGUUUUUGUGAGUGAUAAGUUGUUAGUGAAGCCGCUUAGUGAACAAUUGGACGCCCCCAUCGAAGAAUCCGGCUGUAUAGUUUCCAGAGCCAGCAGUUUCCUCAAGCUGAAGUGUUUCCCUAUCGAGUAAACUCCCUGGGAAGUGUCCAACUGACAUCAGUGUGUAGUGAGCUGAUGCCAGUGUCACAAUUUAACAUUAUGGUGCAUAUUAGCCUGUUUCAUACAUAAAGCUGAUCAUUUAUACACUAGUUCUACAUAUUUUAUACAUUCAGUAAAGCCAAAGAUAAUCCCUAAUCGAUUGCAACCAUGUCAAUGGAAAACAAGGACAGCCAUAUCCUUAAUCCAACCAAGUUAAAAGUGGUGAGGAACUUGUUCGAUGUGUCUGCAACCCCUGUGGGAAACUACGAUAGGUUCAUACCAUGUAGAACUAAUAAUAACUGGAAAACUAGUUUCCCCACAAUGCCAGACCCCAAUAAGACUCCCCAAACUGGCAAGAAAUCGAACAGGGAGAAUGGGGAAAAUAGCAGGGAUUCUUCAGUGUAUAACAUUUUGUUAAGAAACGAAAUACUAGGAGAGAGGAUUGAGGAUGUGAAGAACCAGUGUGAUGACAGACAAGCUUUAACGCCAGUGAAAACUAGGAAUUUGUUCAGAUAUGGAACACCAAUUAAGAAAAACAACUGCCAAAACGAUAGGAUUCCGAUGAAGUGCCAAUCGGGUCCUUACUCGCUGUCGCCAUUGAGUGCCAGCAGCCAAAGACUGUUACGAUCGCCCCAUAAAGCGACAAGAAAAAUAUCCAGAAUACCGUUCAAAGUUUUAGAUGCACCUGAAUUGCAAGAUGACUUCUACCUAAAUCUAGUCGAUUGGUCGGUUCAAAACGUUCUCAGCGUUGGACUGGGAAGCUGUGUGUACCUGUGGAGUGCCUGUACUAGUCAAGUGACCAGGCUGUGCGACCUUUCCAGCGAUGCGAACGUAGUUACGUCCGUUUCGUGGAGCGAAAGAGGCAAUUUGGUAGCUGUGGGCACUCAUAACGGAUACGUGACGGUAUGGGAUGUGACGGUCAAUAAGCAAGUAAAUAAAUUAAUGGGACAUUCAGCAAGGGUUGGAGCCUUAGCGUGGAACGGCGACGUCCUCAGCUCGGGCAGCCGGGACAGAAUGAUUUUACAACGAGAUACGAGGACGCCGCCUAAUGUAACAGAGAGGCGACUCAUUGGACACAGACAGGAGGUAUGUGGCUUAAAAUGGUCCCCAGACAACCAGUACUUAGCAUCCGGAGGGAAUGACAACAGAUUGUACGUGUGGAAUAUGCAGUCGCUAUCGCCCGUGCAGACCUACACGGAUCAUCUUGCGGCUGUUAAAGCGAUAGCUUGGUCUCCUCACCACCAUGGGCUGCUCGCAUCUGGUGGGGGAACUGCCGAUCGGUGUAUUCGCUUCUGGAACACCUUAACCGGCCAACCAAUGCAAUGUGUGGAUACUGGUUCUCAAGUUUGUAACCUGGCCUGGUCCAAACACAGUUCGGAACUAGUUUCGACUCACGGCUAUUCGCAGAAUCAAAUUUUAGUGUGGAAAUACCCCAGUUUAACGCAAGUGGCAAAACUGACUGGACAUUCCUACAGAGUUUUAUAUUUAGCGCUGAGCCCUGAUGGGGAAGCUAUCGUGACGGGGGCGGGCGACGAAACGUUGCGAUUUUGGAACGUAUUUAGCAAAGCCCGAUCGCAAAAGGAAACCCGCAGUGUUCUCAGUCUUUAUACUGGUAUUCGUUAAAUUGUGCGCUAAUAUAUUGACAUGUUAUACAUAAAUGAUGUAUGUUCAACUAGCUAUUGUAGAAUGAACCAUUCUAUUUUGUCUGAUGGUGAGAAGUCAAUCGCGUUCGUUCUUAAAUUGUGCACACGAGUAGAUUGUAACUAUUGUAAUGCGGAAUUGCAAAUCUUUAAAGAAGUUAUUUAUAUUUAGAAAAUAUGAAUGUAGUUAAAUUAAGGGGUUCUCUGAUCUAAAAAAUGCUCGCGUGUUUCUAAAGAGGGCACUCAAAUGAGAAAAUAAUUAGUUUCCGAAUUUUAUCAAAAAGUCUAUAUUUGCAUAGUAAUGAAAUGUACUGAACAACACUAUAUAUUCUUCGGAAAUUUAAGUCGUUCCAGUAGUAUAUCCAAAAGGUAAUUUUCUUAAUUAUUGAAUAACUUGAGUAAUAAAGAAAAUUAAUGCUUUAUCUAAAUGCCUCUUUAGAAAUGCCGAGUGGCUUGCUUUAACUAAUGCCAGAUCACACUUCCUGCAUGUCGAAAAAGUAUCAGGACUGGACGAAAUACGUCUUAUUUAUUGUUUUGUGAUAAUGGCCGCUAUACUCCUGGACUAAUAUUUGAUUUUGUCCUGUAAAACUGGGAUCGAAAUUGAUGUUUGCAUGUAAAAUGUCCUUCCUUUUUUCCUUUUUUUAAGGUCGAAUUAUGUAGCAACUAGAGCGAUUUUUCUUAUUUUUAUUAAGCAAGUGGAUUAAUUGGUGAUUUUUUUGUUAAAUCUGCUGACCUAAAAGAUGGCAAAUGCCAUUAUCAAACAUUGUUUAUAAUUCCAAAUCAAAUUCAUUCCUCGGUUUCAGUCAUUUAUUGUCUCUAUUUAUCAAUCAAAAUGUGUUUCGGUGUAUUUCGAUUGAUAAAUAGAGACAAUAAAUGACUGAAACCCAGGAAUAAAAUUGAUUUGGAAUUGAAACACAGUCAGGAAAGUAUAUACAAUUGUUUAUAAUACUAGUCAUGGCGAAAAUGCCGCAAAAAAUUACAUUUUUAUAAUUUACCUAAGGGAUUUAUAUUACUAAUUCUUUAGUUGUCCUAAAAAACCGCCUGAAUUUACAGUUUUUAUUUCAAUGGCUGCACUUUUUAUUAUUUUGGGGAUGAAAUCGAAUGUAAUUUUGGUGUGUUUGUGAUUUCGGGUGGAAAUUGUCACUACUUUUACGAGUAAACGGUGAGGAACGAUUCGAAUUGUUGCAAUAUUAUUUACUUUAUAGUAUAUUACCGAUGGAGAGAAAUAAAGAAAUCAAUAUUUGUGUUUAACGUGA